AUGUCUUUUUCAGGUUCUCCCACACCCUUCGUUAGACUUGGACAAGUGCUGAAACAUAACAAACAUCCUACAAGACCAAAGAGAUUCAAUACAGGUCUUUACCAUGAUGCUAUAAUUUUGACAGGAAAUCAAAGAAGUUUUUCGGAGAGAAAAACAAAGAGAAAGUGGAUGCCAAACGUUGCAUGGGUCAAACUCUACAGUGAGGCUCUGGACACAAGAAUUCAAUUAAAGGCAACAGCAAAGGCUCUUCGUUGUAUCGAUAAAGCCGGAGGUCUUGAUAAUUAUUUACUGAACACAAAGUCAGAGGAUGUAGCAUCAAGAUUCGGUAAUUGGCUGAAGAAGAAGAUUAUCAAACAACAAAUUGCAAAUAAGAGAGCCCAACAAUUGAACCAACAAUUAGAAGAAACAGCACAAAGUUUGGCUCAAUUCUUGAAGGAAAAUCCAUCCGAAUAUGAAAAAGUGGCCCAGUUUGAACAACAACAAGCAAACGGAGAACAUUUGGUUUCAUACUUCAACAGCCUCUCCCCAGAACAACAAGAUCGUUUGCUUACAUUGCAACAAUUGGAAAUUCAACAACUUUCAGAGAACAGAAAGAAGAGAGCCUUCUUAGACCGCCUGCAACAAAAGAAACCAAAAUUAAUGAAGAAGGAAACAAAAUUCUUGAAUGCACGAAAGUAUGUCUACGACAUUCACUUGAACCCAGAGACAAAACAGAAACUCGAAGAAAGAAGAAAGAGAAAUAUCGAAGAGUUCCAAAGGCUCCAGAAAUUGGGAAAGGUUCAAGAAGAGGCCACUCAAGAAAAUGUUUAA